AAACCAACGGGGGUAAUAUUAAUGAGCGCCUGGUAGAAAGGCCAUCGCAAGGAUAGCAGAAAGCGCAAAAUUCAAGCUCGGCUCACUGGCCGUCAUCAGGAGCAUUUAUCAUAUCUUAGUUUGAAUGGAGAGAACCUAAACAUGCACAAAUUGUCUGGAGAGACUGUUCGUCUCAUAUCCAGUGCUCAGGUCAUCACAUCUAUUGCCAGUGUUGUGAAGGAGCUUAUUGAAAACUCACUGGAUGCUAAUGCUGAUAACAUUGAAAUUAAAUUGGAAAACUUUGGCGUCGAUAAGGUGGAGGUGCGCGACAACGGCGAUGGGAUCCGGGCGGAAGAUGCAGAUUUCAUGGGUCGAAGACACUACACUUCCAAACUAACCAGCCAUGAUGAUCUGGAAAACUUGUUCACCUAUGGCUUCAGGGGAGAAGCUCUGGGUUCACUCUGCGCAGUGUCCAAUGUUGCGAUAGCAACAAAGACCAAGGAUGAGGAGUUUGGAAGAUGCUAUAUUCUAGAUCAUGAGGGGAUCGCUUCAUCACCAAAGCCAUCACAAUGUUGCACAGGCACGACUGUAACUGCUUCCCGUCUCUUCCACAACGUUCCAGUCCGGAAGCAAUAUUACAGCAAUGCCAAGCGACGCAGGGAGGAGGUCAAGAAGGUGGAAGACCUCCUGCUCAGCUUUGGCGUGGUUUGCCCAGGAGUGCGCUUCUCUCUGAGCCACAACAAGGCAUCUAUAUGGCAGAAGAAUAAAUUGCCUAACCUGAAGACUGCCCUCUUGAAUGUUCUUGGGUCCAAUGUUAUGGGCCACCUUACGAGGGUUGAGAAGAAUGAUGAAGAGACACAGGUUAAGAUUGAAGGAUAUUUACCCAAGCCUGGCUCAGAUGCUCAGUUGACCUCAAGAUCUACAGAUGAUCGUACUUGGAUUUCAGUCAAUGGACGGCCAGUAACAAUGAAAGAUUUUUCUAAGGUUGUAAAGCAGUACUACAGCCAAGCUCACCCCAAAGCUGGGAAUGUCCGCCAUGUGGUUAUGUGUCUAGCGUUCACCAUGCCUACCUAUCUUGUGGAUGUUAACCUUGAGCCAAAUAAAACCAAAGUGCUCCUUCAGAAUAAUGAUGCUGUACUCUGUCUCAUCAUACAGAUGCUUGAGGAAUUAUACAGUACAACACCAACAGAAGAACCAACAAACCUUGAACUAUCUCAGAAACCUCCACUUCCAAACCCAUCCUCAGAACCCGCCACUCUGACUCAGUCUCAAAACCAGCCUCUCAAAGGAUUAUUAUCACUUACUGCAGCUGCUUCCACUACAGCUUGUGAAUUGGAACUUAAAAAGCCUGUUGAAGAGUCUAAUCAAUCAAAUCUUGCACUCCAUGAUGUAUCUUCUUGUUUGAAUCCUACACCAUCUGCACCAUUGGGUGAUAGUGAAGCUAUAGAUCUAAUCUGUGACAUUCUAGAGAACCCUGAAUCAUCUCAAAAUGACAAAACAUCCCAGAAACUAGUGAAUAGUGAGAAAGUGAAGGACAUCUCAACAACACAAGCAGGAUGCAACAUCUCACUCUUAGAGAGCAGGGGAGAAAACGGGCUAGCAUCACAAAACCAAGGGAAUUGUAACACAAUGAAAGACAACUCAAUGAAACUUACCCAUCAGAACAUCUCAGUCUUGACACAGGAUGGAGGAACACUACCUGCUCCAUGCUUCCAGAGCACACCAGCAGUCCAUCCUGAGAGUUCUGGUAUACAGAUCAGCUUUGUAGAUGUUCCUGAUAGAUCCGUAACAGCAGCUGAUCUUAACAGAAUACAAGGAGAUGCUGCUGGUGGCGAGGCCCAGAUCAAGGACAACAUUUGCAAUGUCAACAAGGAAUCAAUUGAUGGUGGUGCCGAUGCUGCAGCGAAAGAAGUCGAUGAGUUAUGGAGCAAGGGACAUGGUCUCACUGAGCCAGAUGGUAAAGUUGUCCAGCCAUCUGUCUUGCUAAUUCCUGGCAGGCAGCAACCAUCUACAAAUGCGAUGUCCCAGGAAGUAACUACCUCCAUGAAUUCUUCCUUCCAAGCGUCACUAUCAUGCCCAAUCCGACCGCUUCAGGAGUCGACUGAAAGCAGUAUGACAAGCACCAGGGUUCUGCAGAGCUCAGGGAACUCUAACCUGUUCACCACUACUGUGACAACCUCUGGAAAUCAAAGUGAUGCAUCUCCAGCUGUAGUGGGACAGAGGACACCCGAUCAAAGUCCAGGAAAGCUGAAUGAACUGACUGGUCCUGGUUCUUCUGCAGUGGCAUCAGCGGUUUGUUAUAGUCCAGCAAGGGUCGCUAUGAAAAGACCAGUAGAGGAAAAGACAAGUCCUGCCACUCAGUAUGACCUAGUAGGACGGGCUCCUGUAAAGCGGCCCCAGGAUGCAUUUGCUUUCUUCUUCAAAGAAAAGAAACCUGAAAUAUUGAGGCAGCAUCUAGCGAUGGAUUUCAUGUCCAUCAAUAAGAUCUUAAAGAGGCAGUGGGAAGAACUUGAUGAAGCUGAGAGGAUCAGAUAUGAGGAGAUGGAGGCUAGAGAUCUGCAAAGAUACAAAGAUCAAGUUGUCUAUGCCAAGCAGUCUGUUCCGACAAAGGAUCCAAAGAAUGGACUACCUGCUAAGAAAAAGAAAAAGGUUGAAAAGCUUUCUAAUCAAAGUCUGAUAGAUGAAAUGCUGGCCUCACAACGAGAGAGAAAACAACAAGAGGCUUUGGAAGAGGAGGAAGGGAAGAGAUUUGAAAUACAAAUACCAUUUUCUGUCAGCAAACUCAGGGAAUUGCCUGUGCAUGUUCAAAAGAGGUCCAAUAUGGAUGAAUGGAGGUUAAUAGGUAGCCUACCUGAUCAUGGCGUAUGGACGGCCAUCACAGGCAAACAGUUAUCAGUGUUCAACCAGUACAGAGCCCAGGAGGUUGUGCUUUAUCACAGGCUGCUCGCUACUCAUAAGCUACCCUAUCACAAGUUGCCUGUUCCUAUUGAGCUUACUGCUGGUAUGUUUGGUGAGCAGAAGAACUGGUACACACUCCUAGGCAUGAAAAGCCAAGUCAACCCAGUGGACCAAUCAAGAAUCUUCACAGAUGAACGUCUCAUACUGAAUGGAUUUGAAAUCAGGCAGCUGAUUGACCCCGACACCAUGGAUGCCAGGCUGGAGGUCGUUUCCAUGUCCAUGAACAUUGUCCCGUUUUAUGGCCUGGAUGAUCUAACUGAGAUAGUUGAAACCAUAGCAACGCAAAGAGUUCAAUCUGUGAUGCAGUGUCGGCCGCUCAAGCUUGCUAACCAUCUAAUGGGAGAAGCGGUUCGAAUGGCAAGGUCGCUGCCUACCAUCAUGACCGAAGAGGAAGUCAGUAGUAUCAAGGAUAGUGUAGAAGGUCUUACUAUGUGGAAGAGCAAACUGUGUUUACAUGGAAAAAGCUUCGUCAAGGAUAUAUACACCAUCCCUGAAGUAGAUCCAGAUUAAAGUCUGUCUGUCUUGAACUGUUUUAUUCAGGGAAAAGCAGUUUGUAUGGCAAGAUUGCUGCAUACCAUCAUGACGGAAGAGGAAGUCGUUAAUAUCAAGGAUAGUGUGGAAUAUCUUUCUUUGUGGAAGAGUAAAUUCUGUUAAAAUGGGAAGAGCUUCGUCAAGGAUAUAUACACCAUCCCUGAAGUGGAUCCAGAUUAAAGUCUCUGUCUUUAACUGUUUUAUUCAGGGAAAAGCAGUUCGUAUGGCAAGAUUGCUGCAUACCAUCAUGGCGGAACAGGAAGUUGGUAAUAUCAAGGAUAGUGUGGAAUAUCUUUCUUUGUGGAAGAGUAAAUUCUGUUAACAUAGGAAGAGCUUCGUCAAGGAUAUAUACACUAUUCCUAAUGAGGAUUCAGAUUAAAGUCUGUCUGUCUUGAACUCUUUAUUCAGGGAAAAGUAGUUUGUAUGGCAAGAUUGCUGCUUACCAUCAUGGCGGAAGAGGAAGUCAGUAGUAUCAAGGAUGGUGUAGAAGGUCUUACUAUGUGGAAGAGUAUACUUUGUUUUCAUGGGAAGAACUUCUUCAAAAUAUAUAUAUAUAUAUACA